GUAAAAUAAGGUAGGCAUGCGACGCUUAUUGCUUAUAUAAGCAAUGCCAGCAUAUUCUGUCUGGUAACGGUGAUUUUUUUAUUAUAAAAUUAGUUAGUUCAAAUUCUCUGACAAUUUUCCAAUUAAUUGUCUUUUUAAAAAUAAAUACAUUUUCCUCACAUACUUAGGCUAUACGGUACUGAAACGCUUUCAUCUCUAUUAUAAACUGUAGACCUCUGCAAUUUGGGGACAUAAGGAUUCUAAUGAUGGACUUCCAAAAAUACAAACAUCAAACACCAAGGAACAAUCAGGGUUGGCCUAUCUCAACGGGGAAGCCACUGUGACAGUAUGCAAAAGGAGGUCGAUCUUAAUUCUCCAUAACAAAAAAGUACAAAGGCCGGUCGGAGACCAAAGACAAUUUAACACCUCCCUCUGUCCGCGCGCCCCGGCGGCGCCUCAGCGGAUAGAGCGCGUCUCUCAUUAGUACACAAGAUGGGACGACCUGAAAGGUGCAGAGGUGAGGGAGGGGGGGUGGACAGCGACUACAAAAACAACUCAUCUUUUCCUUCAUAAACGAACUUGGCUCGGAAGACAAGAGUGACGAGAGAAAAUUCCUUUUUUUGGGUAGGCCCUGGUCUGGGACUGUUUUGAGGACUAUGAGAAGUGUGUGAAAAUCCAUUUGGGGAAUAUCUGGAUUGCGGACGUGAUAUAAACGAUAAAAUGCUAGCAGAGGGCAGGGAGUCGCCAGUGUCUACUGUUGCUCAUGCUGACAGUGAUCAAGGAGAGGAAGAGUGCCCUCGUAUUUCACUACUGAAUGGGAUAGACCAGAGUCGGCGGCACCGGACUGCUUUCACGAGGGAGCAGCUGACCCGUCUUGAGCAAGAAUACUGCAAAGAAAGUUACGUGUCUCGACCCAGACGAUGCGAACUGGCGGCAGCGCUUAACUUGCCCGAGACCACAAUAAAGGUCUGGUUCCAGAACAGGAGGAUGAAGGACAAGAGGCAGCGUCACAGUCUGCACUGGCCUAACCCACUGGACCCAAACCUGUGUGCCUUCAUGGUGAGUCAGGCGGCUGCUGGACUCCCCUACCCACUGCUGCCCCGCUUACCCCUUCAUCUAUACUCUCAUCUCGGCAUGGGUAGCCUCCCCGGUUUUUCAAACCCCUACAGCGCCACCACAAGGCCAGUGGACACUUUGCACCUCCCUCCUUCGACCUACCCCUGGCUAGGUGGACUUCCACAGCCGGCUCUCUAUUCCCCUGUCCAGACAAUGCACCAUCCCGCAGGAUGCCACUGUCCCCAUUGCCUGCACUGGAGACCGGACCACCUGCUUAAACCUAGAGGGGGAGCUAGGACAGGCACGCAGCCCAAAACAUUCGGCAGUGCUUCAGGAUAAUGGGAUAGAGGUGCAUUUACCAUGAUAAAACGGAUAGUUCACCCAAAAAUGAAAAUUCCAUCAUUGUUUACUAAACCUACAUGACAUUUUCUACAGCGGGACACAAAAGAAUAUAUUUUGAAGAUUUUUUUGCCCAUACAAUUUCUAUGGAUGUUUUGUAUUUAUGCGUCUUAUUCAAAAUCUAGAUAAUGUCACUCUUGAAGAACUAUUUUGUUGUUUACCGUACUGUAAUAUAGAUAACAGUUUGGUUUACUUUCUUAAAAUACCUGAUCUUUUGAAGUUUGUUCAACAUUUUUCAUCUAUUGACAUUUCUGCACCUGAACACUGUGUACAUAAUGCUUUCCAAAAAUAUAUAUGACAAAAUUGACUAUUAAAAAUAUUUAUGGAAACAUUUUA